AUAACGAGGAGCUGGGCUCACAUGUCAGAUGCCAGUCAGCUUAUGAAUGGCUCUGCCGCUUCCAAUGAAGGCUUCUUGAGAACCACAGAGUCAUGUCGUGGGGUCCGGUGGCCUCGCAGCUCUGCUUGUUAUCGCAGCUGAAAGAGCGCUCGGUUGGCGACAAAGUGAGAUUCUUGGGAUGUGUCAUCUCAUACGAUACUUCUACGGCAUGCCUUGCUCUGGCACACAUGUUCCCGCCGGGAACAAACGAGACUGUGCUGGUGGACAUUGAGCUCGUUCUCGAGACUAUCCAGCCGGGAUUGGCGCAGGUCGGGCACUGGGUGAAUGUCGUGGGGUAUAUCGUUGAGGGGAAGAAGUCGGACACGCAAAAACUACCAGGGACCAACCAGUCUCCCAGACAUGUUCAAGCGCUGUUAGUAUGGUCGACGGGACCUUUGGAUAUUGGGAGAUAUGAGAAGAGCCUGGAAGAUGCAGCGGCCCGGCCUUGAUGCGCACAGCCUCAUCUGAAACCCGCCAGGUCUGGUGGGCACCUGUGAAUCCUGGGGAGAUUCAAGCAAACGACAGCCUAAGCCUUGGUGGAGGAGGAAAAGGCCUGAUGCAUUGAUCCCGUCUAUUAGCCAGGCAGCUUGUAUUGACACUUUGACGGCAAACAAAACAAACCAGUGGCUGCCAGCAGGCGGAGAGAGGAAUGUCAGACCACGAGACGGUGGGGCGCAUAAACGCACAUAUUGGGCGGCUGCUCCUUUGGAGCCUUUGCGCGCAUGUGCAAAUCAAGGUGAAGCCCCUAAAAGUCGUUAGCAUCCAGCUUAGUGAUGGAGAUGCAGCAGCGGGAUGCGCUCUUUAGGGGCCAACGUGCAGGCUGCGUCUCCCCUAUAAUUGCACCGAGGUCAUGAUA